AUGCGUAAACUUGUUGACUGUGUCAUUAUGUUAUUCGCUCUUAUCUUGGCAGUAUUCCUCGUGAAAAUCAAUGCCGAACACAAUGAAGAGUUAGUAGACAGCUUCAGAUCAGAUGCGUUUAAUAAACGUUGGUUUCCUGUCAAAGAAUUUCACUAUGAUGAACCGAUUGAAGUAAGAAAGAGGUCAUAUAACCUGAAUAAACGUUGGUCCCCUGUCAAAGAGUUUCACUAUGAUGAGCCCAUAGAAGUAAGAAAAAGGCAUAAAACAUACAAUAAAUAUUGGUCCCCUGUCAAAGAAUUCCACUACGAUGAGCCAGUAGAAAUUAAAAAAAAGAGAUAUCACAGUUUCAUUAAACGUUGGUCUCCUGUCAAAGAAUUUCAUUAUGAUGAACCAAUUGAAAUUAAAAAAAGGAGAAUGCAAUAUCAACGGACAGAUUCAUUGUCAUCAAUUCUGUGA